AUGAAUAAAAAUCUGCAAGUAGGGAGAAAAAAGAAGAAAGAUUUAGAAGAGCUGAAGAAAGAAGUGACCAUGGAUGAUCACAAGCUAACCCUGGAUGAGCUGAGUGCCAAGUACUCUGUGGACUUGACCAGGGGCCAUAGCCUCAAAGAUGCCCAGGACAUUCUGUUUGUAAAUGGACCAAAUGAACUAAUGCCUCCCCGGACCAUUCCAGAGUGGGUCAAAUUCUGUAAACAGCUGUUCGGUGGCUUCUCCCUCCUGCUGUGGACUGGUGCCUUUCUCUGCUUCCUGGCCUAUGGCAUACAUCAACAUUAUGGCGAAAAAGUCAACAAAGAUAACCUGUACCUGGGUAUUGUGCUCUCUGCCGUGGUCAUCAUUACUAGCUGCUUCUCAUAUUAUCAGGAGUCCAAGAGCUCCAAGAUCAUGGAAUCUUUUAAGAACCUGGUGCCUCAGCAAGCUCUGGUAAUUCGAGAUGGAGAGAAGAUGCAAAUCAAUGUAAAAGAAGUAGUUUUGGGGGACCUAGUAGAAGUGAAAGGGGGAGACCAAGUCCCUGCUGAUAUCAGGGUUAUCUCUGCACAAGGAUGUAAGGUAGACAACUCCUCCUUGACUGGGGAGUCAGAACCCCAGUCGCGCUGCCCUGAUUGCACCAAUGAGAACCCUCUGGAGACCCGGAACAUCAUCUUCUUCUCCACCAACUGUGUAGAAGGAACAGCCCGGGGUAUUGUGAUUGCUACCGGAGACUCCACAGUAAUGGGACGAAUUGCUUCACUGACAUCGGGCUUGGCAAUGGGCCAGACCCCCAUUGCUAUUGAAAUCGAACACUUCAUUCAUCUGAUUACAGCUGUCGCUGUCUUCCUUGGUGUCACUUUUUUUUUGCUCUCACUGAUCUUGGGCUAUACCUGGCUGGAUGCUGUCAUUUUCCUUAUUGGCAUCAUUGUGGCCAACGUGCCUGAAGGGCUGCUGGCCACUGUCACUGUGUGCCUGACACUGACAGCCAAGCGCAUGGCCCGGAAGAACUGCCUGGUGAAGAACCUGGAGGCGGUGGAGACGCUGGGCUCCACAUCCACCAUCUGCUCCGACAAGACAGGCACCCUCACCCAGAACCGCAUGACAGUGGCCCACUUGUGGUUUGACAAAACUGUGGAAAACAUUUCCCAAGUCCUCGGACACCUGGUUUUACCUGGCUCGGAUUGCUGGCCUCUAUGCUCCACCCCUGGGGCUUAUGCAAACCCUUCCCUGCAGCGGGCAACAACGGGGGAUGCUUCUGAGUCGGCCCUCCUCAAAUUCAUUGAACAGUCCUACAACCCUGUGAGUGAAAUGAGACAGAAAAACCCCAAGGUGGCAGAGAUUCCCUUCAAUUCUACCAACAAGUACCAGGUACAGAAUUGA